CACUGCCGUCUGCGUAGCACUCAUCAUAUUGUCUUCUAAAAGAAAAAACGAUGGCCCUUCCACCCCACGGUUACCGGGCUACAAAGCCCAGAGCUCGUUCAGCCCAGACUGGGGAUCCCCUUCUUUUUGAAGAUACCAGUUCUGGGGCGCCAGACAUGAACAGCCAGAAUUACUAUGAAUCGGGUUAUAGCAUUGGGAGUGGAGCUGUAGGAGGUCAAGGACCUGGAGGAGUGAACAACCUUUUCACAGAUCCAGUGGCUAAUGCAGCUAUGAUGUAUGGCUCUUCAAUUGCCAACCAAGGCAAGGACAUGGUAAACAAAGAGAUCAGUCGAUUCAUGUCCGUGAACAAGCUGAAGUAUUUCUUUGCAGUCGACACCAAAUAUGUCAUUAAGAAACUGCUGCUUCUCAUGUUCCCUUAUACACAUAAGGACUGGGAAGUUCGCUACCACAGAGACACUCCACUCACACCUCGGCAUGAUGUCAAUGCUCCAGAUCUCUACAUACCCAUAAUGGCUUUCAUCACUUAUAUUUUGCUGGCAGGAAUGGCUUUAGGAAUACAGAAACGGUUCAGUCCAGAAGUGCUAGGGUUAUGUGCAAGCACUGCUCUGGUUUGGGUCAUCAUUGAGGUACUUGUCAUGUUGCUAAGCCUGUACCUUCUCACAGUGCACACUGAUCUCUCAACCUUUGACCUUGUUGCCUACAGUGGAUACAAAUAUGUUGGGAUGAUCUUCACUAUUCUCUGUGGGCUACUCUUUGGCAGUGAUGGCUACUAUGUUGCACUUGCCUGGUCAUCUUGUGCCCUCAUGUUUUUCAUAGUUCGCUCUCUCAAAAUGAAGAUCCUUUCGUCACUGUCUGCGGAUUCCAUGGGUGCCGGAGCAAAUGUCAAGCCCCGCUUCCGCUUAUACAUUACCGUCGCCUCUGCUGUCUUUCAGCCAAUCAUCAUUUAUUGGCUGACUGCUCAUUUGGUCAGAUGACCAGCUGGAAAGGUUCACAUGGAGAGAAAGAACUCCAAAAUCGCAUGAGAAACAGCAUUGGGUGCCAGAAUGAUGACUCCCAAAUUUUUUUUUGCCAUUACAGCAGAAAAUGGCCGAUAAUUAUUAUUAAGUUGUUCUUGGUUUUGAGGACAUGCCGCUACAUUCUUUGGCUUACUUUCAUUGAAGUGCUCGAUGUGGUACACCACCAUCCUUUGAAAGAAUGACAGACUGUGCAUCGACAUUUUUUUUUAAAGCUUAUAAAAGUGCUCUUUAAUUUUUAUUUUUUUUUGUCACUGAUGUGUAAGUCACGGUAAAGAAAUUCUAAUAUAAAGUUUAUAAAGUAAACUGCUUGUGACAAUUUAAAGAAAAUCACUUUUCUUGGGUGAAACACAAUACAGACACAAAAAUGCAGAAUGCAAAAAUUUGGUGUUGUAAUUUGGAAUUUUUGCAAGUUUGGUAUGUGGCACAUGCUAAAUACAUUGUUUGCUGA